AUGGAAUUAAAAAGAGGGAAAACCUUCAUAAAAUCUAGUAUGCAUCUGACUCAUGACAGGUUACCUUUGGUGGGAUUGAGUCCUAGAGAUAAAGGCAAUGUGGGAACAGACAGAAAAGAAGGGAGUAAAUCUGAAUUUGAAAUCCAAAAGGCAAGUUUUGCUGCAGAUAAAAAUGACAGAAUAUCCAACAGGUCCGCAAAGACUGGGUCUAGUGAGAGCAGCCUGUUGCUCCCAGAAUCUUUCUACAAACCUGUACGGAAAAGCAAAACCCAUGACUGUGCUCUAGGCAUGGACAAAACUGAAGACUGUAGCUACAGCAACAAAACAUCUGAGGAAGGCACAGCAGCUCCUGGGAAAAGUAAAGGGCGACUCAUCAACAGCGCCAGCUUUUCUGGGCUAGGGAACACUCAGCAUUCAAAUGGCAAGAAAGAAUCUGUGGUCAACUCAAGCCAUUUUUUGAAUGGCACGCACCAAAUGAUUGAUUACAGGAACUUUGUGCCACAGAUGCCCUUUGUGCCAGCUGUUGCAAAAAGUCUCCCUAGGAAGAGGAUUUCCCUGAAGCGAUCCAAAAAAGGUCUCCGAGACAUAUUUCACAUUAAAAAAAACAAACCGGAGAGUCUCACUUUGCUGUCAGAGAAGCAAAAAAGGCUACCAUUUCCAGGGGGCAAGACAGAACUGGCGGGGAGGUUGAGUAAAUAUUUCUUCAAAGCCGGAGAAAAUUUUUCUGCUGACUGCUUGGCACAAGAUUUUUCUGAUGGUGAGAUGCUGUCAGAGUCCUCCCAUGAGUAUUCCAGUGCUCUGUGUGAGGACAUCGCUUCCUUAAAGAGCUUCGAUUCUCUCACUGGGUGUGGAGAGAUCUUUGCAGAUGAGAGCUCUGCUCAUAUGGAACUGGAGGUCAGCAAAGAAAUCUCGCUGAGGCAAUCUCAGCAGAAAGAGAACCCUGCGACAGGAUCCUUUCAAGGUGGAGUGGAACAGCUUGCAUCCCCUGCCCAGAAUGAAGCAGCGGACUUUGCAAAACUUUGGGACAACAUCAACAAAUCCGUGCAACUACAUCAGAAGGUGCUGUUUGAUAGGCGACUACUAAAAAUACCCAGCAGUGAGUUGGGAAAGGCAACAAGUGAGACUGAUACCUCUGUAUCGGACCUACUUUCUUCCCCUGACUCUUCCAAAGAAAGUUCCAUAGAUACAGGGACACCAAAGAGUGACAACCAGGAAUCCAUGUCCACCAGUGAUGAAGGAUACUAUGAUUCAUUUUCUCCUGGACAAGAGGAUGAAAUAAGGGAAGAUCAAUCCCCUGCUGCACCACGUAGAUUUCCAAGAGACAGUUAUAGUGGGGAUGCCCUUUAUGAGCUCUUCUAUGAUCCUAAUGAAGCCCAAAUCAGCCCCAUCCCAGAUGAUGACCUAUGCAUGUCUGAAAGCAUUUCAGAAAAAGCCAUUGAAAUACCAUUAUCCAUUUACAGCUUUCAUGUAGGGUCAGAAGAAAACAUGGCUUCUCAACCAGCCGUCGACAUCAUUAGUCAGGGGUUUCUUCACAGCACAUGGAAAGGCAAAGAAUGCUUGCUUAAGCUCUGUGACACAGAGCUUUCUCUGACUAUGGGGAUUAUCAACUGGCUGCGGAAAAACCCAGGACUGGUUUCCCCCCAAGACUUUCCUAAGUUCCAGCAGGAGAAAGACAGUAAGCCAAUGCUCUCUAGACCCAGCAUGUGCCUGAACAUGAACGAAGCAGCUUGGUCAGAAAACAAAUACAAUCCAGAGAUGUCUGCAGCUAACAGUGAAAAUGGAGCCCAUAUGUAUUCCACAGACAGAACUGAAAAUCAGCAAAGUGAUGCUGUUUCAUGUAGCACACCUCAAGAAUGUUCCAGGCUCAUAACAGAUAACAGUGCAUCAUGCAACCUGCAGAGAUCGGAGGAUAGUUGGGAUGACUUACUGACAAGCUCAUCAGAAAUGGAGAAGGUGUCUCUCUUAGAAGAAUGUACUCCAUUGCCAUCCCUAGAAGUCCUGAAUCCCAAUUGCCAAACAGAUGAGAAUCCUUUGUUAUUGGAUAACCACGAUGCAGAAUCAUGUUCUUCUUAUAUGACUGCUGCAACCUCCCCAGAUUCUCUAGAGAUGGGAGAUGAAAGUGAAACAAAGGAUCAACCCUGGUCUAUUGCAUAUGAUAAGCCAACUGAAUCUCUGAAUGUCAGCCAUUCCCAAAGUCACUUGCUGAGCCAGAUGCCAAAGGACAGAGAUGCUAAUAUGGGGCAGCUUUUGGAACAUUGUGCCACACAGGUUGCUUCUCUAAAGAUCAGUUAUGAAAAUAAGCUCUUGGAAGACACACACAUUGGGAAUGAAAUGAGUGAAAAUGCUGGUGUGAAGGCUCAAUUCAAAAAUCAGCUGCCAUUGCAAAAUGAAUGUAUCUGUAUUGCUUCAAGCUCCAAAGAUCCUCCUGUCUAUUCUCCAUGUCAAUGUAAUGUUAAGACAAACAUUAGUGCCAGCCUUCUUUACCCUCUGAAUCAAAAAGAAGGCCUAAUUGGUUUUGGAGACCAGAAAAACUCAAGUAUCCUAGAGUGUAUGGGUCCAGUUGCAAAAAACAAACUAGCCUUUGAAUAUGCCCAGUUGAAUAGUCAAGCCCUGUCUUAUAUCAAAGAUUUCAAGUUUGAACUCAGCACUUCAAAUUCAACUGCCAUGACUCACCUUUUCAGACCCACAUUUUUACCACUCUUCAGCUCCCUUUGCUCAGACACAUCCUGUGCCCUUUCACAGCCUUUGAGCAGAAAGACCAGUUCACUGGAGAAGCAUUCCCAAGAUGAUGUUGCGCUGAGCAGCACACCUUUAUGUGAUUACUCCAAAUUCCAGUGUAAAGUAUUGCCGCAGGUGGCUGCUCUUUCACUUCCAGGGGAUGCUACCAAAGAAGAAGCUACGACUGAGAAGAAUCAUAAAUAA